AUGACAUUUAUAAAAAAACUUGAAGUCUUUGCCAAAUUUUCGUCAGUUUGCAAACACAAUUUUUUUUUUUUUUUUGGCAACAAAUAAUAAAUUUAAAGAGUAUUUAAUUCAAAAAAUACGUGGAAAAACUCCAAGAUUUUAAUUUAAUAUUUUAAAAAAUUUAUUAAUUUAAGAAUAAUUUUAAAAAUGGAGAAUUUUGAAAAUAUGUACCACCAGCUUCAAAUUGUAAUUCAAAAAAUAUUAGCCUACCUACGAGAUUUGGUUAUUUAUGAAUUUCCAAAAAUAUUUUCAACGAAUGAAUUGAAUGGAACAAUGUGUGAAAUGGAACAAUUAAAAAAUUUAUUAACAUCCUCAAUCGAAAAUAAUUUUGUUGAUUUAGCAGCUUUUUUUAUUCUCUGCUCAUUUAUAAUGGUAGUAAUUAUACUUUCAAUAAAAGGCAAUAAAGAUGAAGGUGGCGAUGAUUUUAUUGACAAAUCAUCAAUAAAUAGAAUUUUUAUUGAUUUACCAGAAGAUUCAAUUUAUCAAUUUCCAAAAAAUUGGAAAUCAGAAACUAAAUAUAACAGAGAUCGUGGAGAUGAAUAUUUCUCUGAAGGUGAAGAAAGUCCAAGAAAGGAGAUACGUAAGAAAAAAUACAAAUCGAGAAAAAAUUCUAAUACACCUUCAAUUUAUGGCGACUAUAUUGAUAGUAGUUCUUCACAAUUUACACAAAGAACAGAAAAUGUUAAAAAUAAAUUGAGCAGACAACAUUGGCUAAUUCGAAAAACACGAAGUGGUCAUAUUUAUGGAAAAUAUCCUAUUUAAAAUAUUUGAAAAAAUCGAUCAACUUUUGAUUUCGUAAAAGUCAUAUAUGAGAAUCAAAGAAAAGUGAUUUUUAUUUAUGAAUUGAAAAAAAACGAAAGAUGAACUUUUUGUCAAAUCAUAUAUUUUUUCUAAAAAUAAUGAAAAAAAGAAUUGAAUUUUAUAAAGAUUUUUACAUUUCUAAAGUGCUUUAUAAAAAUGAAAAUACUGCGAGGAAAUAAGUCCAUUUUACGUACAAAAAAAUAUUUAUGCCUUUUUAUUUAAAAAUAUUUAAAAAUCCGAUAACGUUAAUUUUUGGGGUAAAUAGUGAAAAAAAAAAUUUUUAUUUGUGUGAAUUUUUUUUUAUGGAAUCAUUUUUUUACAAUUUUCCUUAUCGCAUGAUGAUCUCAUAAGGAAAUUUUUAUGUCAUUUUAUUUAUAACUUUUGUAAUCAA